UCUCUCUCAGCGCGAAAAUCCUCCAUGCCUGUGUUCCUGUGUCCCUGUUGAGGCUGACAACAGAAACACAUGGAAGUAGGUUGAAUUUAGUCACUUCGCUGGAGACAGUUCACACUGCGAGAGGAAUCACAGUUUUUGACCCGCUGAGCUAAGCCUAUCCAAUAAGCAAAGAUGUCGAAGAUAGACAGGAUGAGCAUCCUUGGAAUAAGGAGUUUUGGGAUUGAGGACAAAGACAAACAAAUCAUCUCUUUCUUCAGUCCUCUAACUGUGCUGGUUGGACCCAACGGAGCUGGGAAAACGACUAUCAUUGAGUGCUUGAAGUACGCAACGACAGGAGAACUCCCCCCUGGAGCUAAGGGAGGUGCUUUUGUUCAUGAUCCAAAGGAUGCCCAUGAGACUGACGUCCGAGCCCAGAUCCGACUGCAAUUCACAGACGUCAACGGAGAGAAAGUGACCAUCCAGCGAUCCAUGUCCUGUACUCAGAAGGCAAAGAACUAUUCUUUCAAAACCCUUGAGGGAGUCAUUAUCAGAAUGAAAAAUGGUGAAAAGGUGAGCAUCUCGUCAAAGUGUGGUGAGCUGGACCGAGAGAUGAUUUCAGGGCUGGGUGUGUCCAAGCCUGUGCUGAACAACGUCAUUUUCUGUCACCAAGAAGAGUCUAACUGGCCACUCUGUGAGGGCAAAGCUCUCAAAGACAAGUUUGACUCCAUCUUCGCUGCCACCAAGUAUAUCAAAGCCCUGGAGACGAUGCGCCAGCUGCGUUUGAAACAGGGCCAGAUAGUCAGAGAGUGUCAGGUGGAGCUGCGCUACCUGAAACAGAACAAGGAGAAGUCCCAGGAGAUCAAAGACAUGCUGGCCACUAAGGAGGCUCAGCUGAGGGCCUCCAAAGACAGAGUCCAGCAGAUAGAAGGCCAGAUUGAUCCACUUGAGAGCCGACUAAUAGACAUUGAUGAAAAACUGGGCAAGGUGAUGAAGCUGGAUAAUGACAUCAAGGCUUUGGACAGCAGGAAGAAGCAGAUGGAGGAAGACAACAGAGAACUGGAGGAGACAAUGGAGCAGGUGUUUCAGGGUUCAGAUGAGCAGCUGCAGGAGAUUUACCAGAACCACCAGAAGACAGUGAGGGAGAAGGAGAAGAGGCUGACAGAGAGCCACAAGGAGCUGGAGAGAGCCGGCCGGGAGUGUCAGAGACUCAACAAGGUCAAGUCUGACCUCCUGGUGGAGCAAGGCCGUCUGCAGCUGGAGGCGGACCGUCACACUCAACACAUCAAGAACCGUGACACACAGGUUCGUUCUUUGUCAUCUUAUCUGGAGUUUGAGGGUUACGACCGGCCGCCUUUCACUCAGCUGCAGCUACAGAGCUUCCACCGCCAAGUCACAGAGCGACUGGACCAGGAAAAAGAGGCAGCCGAUCAGGUUAUGGCGGAUCUGCAGGAUAAAGAGCAGCAGAAGCAGCAGUCUAUUGAUGAGAUGAGGGAUAAAAAGACUGGCCUGGAGAGAACAGUGGAGCUUAAAAGAGACCUGCAGGGAAAGAAACAGCAGGAACUGAGGAAUGUCAGGGCAGAGCUGCAGAGGCUGGAAGGCUCCUCCAGCCGCCUCCAAACACUGGAGAAUGAAUUGGCUAAAGCGGAGCGUGAGUUGCAGAGUGCUGUGCAGAACUCCAACGUGGAAGAACUGAAGGCUGAGGUGGUGGAGCUCCAGAAAGAGAAGGCUGAGCUGGACCGCACACAGAGACGGCUGGACCAGGAGAUGGAGAUGCUCAACACACACACCACUGCACGCACGCAGAUGGACAUGCUGAAAAAAGACAAGACAGAGAAGGAAGAGCAGGUACGUAAGAUCAAGUCUCGUCAUAGCGAGGAUCUGGUGUCACUGCUGGGCCAUUUCCCCAACAAGAGAGAGCUGGAGGACUGGAUCUACGCCAAGUCUAAAGAAAUCAACAGCACAAGGGACAAACUGUCCAAACUCAAUAAGGAUCUGGCAUCAAGUGAACAGAAUAAAAGCCAUAUUGCUGCUGAGUUGCGUAAGAAGGAGCAGCAGCUAUCCAACGAUGAAGAGAAGUUCUUCAACGUGUGUGGGAGUCAGGAUCUGGAACAGGACCUGAGCAAGCUGCAGGAAGAGCUGGAGAAGACGUCCAAACAAAGAGCCAUGCUAGCUGGGGCCACAGCAGUGUACACCCAGUUCAUCAGCCAACUGACGGAGGACGGGGAGCCCUGCUGCCCUGUGUGCCAGAGGACAUUCCCCUCAGAGUCUGACCUGCAGGAAGUAAUCAGUGACAUGCAGUCCAAACUUCGCCUGGUACCAGACAAGUUGAAAAACACAGAGCAAGACCUGAGGAGGAAGGAGAGGAAGAAAGAGGAGAUGGUGGCUCUUAAACCUGUCAGGCAGACAAUAGCACAACUUAAGGAGAAGGACUUGCCUGAAUUAAAGAACCGCCUGCAGAGUGUCAACAGAGACAUCGAGAGGCUGAAGGGCGAUGUGGAGGAGCAGGACACUCUGCUGUCUAUGCUGAUGUCCGAGGAGGAAACAGCCAAGACCUGCCUGCCGGACAUAUCUCUCAUGGACAGAUAUCUGAUGGACCUGAAAGACGUGGAGAGGAAAAUAGCUCAGCAAGCAGCUAAACUUCAGGGAGUCGACCUGACCAGAACCAUACAGCAAGUCAGUCAGGAGAAACAAGAGACGCAGCACAGACUAGACACCACAUCCAGCAAGAUGGAAUUGAAGCGUAAACUGAUCCAGGACCAGCAAGAUCAGAUCCAGACACUAAAAAGUGCAGUGAACGAGACACGGGCAGAGAAACUCCAGCUCAGCAGUGACAUGCAGAAACAGCAGCAGCUGGAGGAGCAGUGUGUAGAGUUUACCACUGAAAUACAGGCCUUAACCAGGGAGAUCAGGGAAGCUAAGGAGCAGCUGUCCCCCAUGUCUGCCACUCUGGAGAAGCUGCAGCAAGAGAAACAGGAGCUGGUGGAGCGCAGGAGACAGAGGCAGGAGGAAGGGCGGGAGAAGAUCGUUUCCAUCAAAGACAAAGUGAAGACCAUCACCGCCUUGGAAAGAGACAUCAGCAGAUAUGUUGAGGAGGGCAAGGAGGAAUACAAAGAGCAAAAAGAGUCUGAGCUUCAGGAAACCAACACCCAGCUCCAUGAGGCUGAGAAGCAUAAAGAGAAGAUCAACAAAGAGAUGGGGAACAUCCGCCAGGACAUAGACACUCAGAAGGUUCAGGAGCGGUGGUUACAGGACAACCUGACAUUGAGGAAGCGUGUUGAAGAGUUGAAGGAGGUGAUGUCUAAACGCCAGGCUCUUAUGAAAGACAUGGGCAACAUGCAAGUCAUGCAGCUGCGCCAAGAUCGACGUGAAGCGGAACACAAGUUGGAGGACCUGAAGAAAAACCGCAGCAUUGCGUUGGGGCGUCAGAAAGGCUUUGAGGAAGAGAUUCUUCGCUGCAGGAAGGAGCUGCAAGAAGAACAGUACAGCAAAGCUGAUGAGCGCUACAGAGACAAGAUGAUCAAAAUGAGGACCACUGAACUGGUCAACAAAGACCUAGACUUGUACUAUAAGGCCCUUGAUCAGACCAUCAUGAAGUUCCACAGCAUGAAGAUGGACGAGAUCAACAAAAUCAUCAGAGACCUGUGGCGCAGCACCUACAGGGGGCAAGACAUAGAAUAUGUGGAGAUCAGGUCUGAUGUGGAUGAGAACUCGUCUGCAGGAGUGAAGCGGAGGACUUACAACUACAGGGUCGUCAUGGUGAAAGGAGACACAGCUCUGGACAUGAGGGGGCGCUGCAGUGCAGGGCAGAAGGUUUUGGCAUCCCUGAUCAUCCGUCUGGCUCUGGCAGAGACCUUUUGUCUUAACUGUGGGAUCCUGGCUCUGGACGAGCCCACCACCAAUUUGGACCGGGAGAACAUUGAAUCACUGGCCCUGCGCUCGUCGAGAUCAUCAAGAGCCGCUCCCGCCAGCGCAACUUCCAGCUGCUGAUCAUCACCCACGACGAGGACUUUGUGGAGCUGCUGGGGCGAUCCAGCUAUGUUGAACACUUCUACCGCAUCCGCAAGAACCAGGACCAGAUCUCUGAAAUCAUGAAAUGCAGCAUCGCCUCCCUGUCCUCUUAUCUCCACUGAGGCAGGCAACAUACUCUGACAAAAGUCUAAGGAAGGAUAGAGACUUAAAAUUGAUCCAUAAUGCAGUAGGGAAAAUUUUAGGUCCCAGUGCAUUUACAGUGCAGCCUUACUGAAUUCAGCACAAAAAAAUGUGCAAAAAGUGCAGCGUCUCCUCUCACUUUCCUGUCUCUAUUCAGCCCCAUUGCAAACUACUAAAGGCUUUAUAAAUUUCCAAUGUUGAUAUUGUGGUGGUUUAGUGUUUCUGUCCAAUCACCAAAGUUGUGCGCACUUCCUCAUAUACUGGUUCUUCCCCUGCCAAGAAAGUGCUUUGUAAAGUGGGUGCCUCAGAGCAAUCCAUCAUUCACUCCAAAGCGUGGUCUUCAGUCUCAUUAGCUCCUCUCUAAAUGUUCGGUGGAUGUCUACAGUGUAGGGUGUUAGGUUUUCAUGUGGCCCUGUGGUGGGUUUACAACAGAAUGUGCAAACUCUUGGUAAAAUCCUUUCACCGCUGCUGAUGCUGUCUCGAUAGAGAAACCACGGGGUCUACUGGGCUGAACACUCCAAAAAACAGAAAAUUAGAACACUGGAGCCGCACGAACUUUGUAAAUGGCAGAUUUGCCCUGAAAAACGAGAUUUAAAGAUAUUACACCUUUGUGACUUAUUUCCUUGGUUAUUGUUUACUUCACACAUCCUGACUCAUGAUAUUCAAGCCUAACUGAUAUAGAAAAACUGAAGUCAUACUUUGUUCGUAAUCCAUAGCCUGAACAACCUAGACAUCUGAGGGUUGGAAAGUAUUGCUUUACUAGAGUGUGUAGGCAUUGAUUAAAAAAAAAAAAAAAA